UAUAUUAGCCUAUCUGAUGUUCUGGAGUUUCUUAACCAACCAUCUGUUCUGAAUCAACUAGGCAGGACUCAACCUAUUUCUUUGAGAACUGCUCAGAAUUGGUUGAAUGUAAUAGGGUUCCAGUAUGGCAAAGCACCUAGUAGUAUGUAUGUUGAUAGGUAUGAGAGGGAGGAUGUAGUAGAGUACUAG